AUGUCCAGAACGGUCUUUGCCCUUCCCCGCGCAAAACGCGCGGCCUGGCUCCAGACGCACAAAGAGUACGUCGUCAGGUGGCUGAACGCCGAUUUCCAGAAGCCUUGGUUUGCCGAGAAGGACGGCCAGCCGGCCGAGCUGGGCGACAUGACCUACGCAGAGACUGUCGAUCGGCUGGUCCGGCUGAUGUAUGUCCGCCAUCAAUCGCGCUGGGUCGAUCCUACCUUGCAAAACUUGGUUGGAGAUUGGCUUCGAAGAAUCGAAGAGCGGCUCUCCGUCGUCAACGGCGCGCCCAAGAUCUCCGAGCUCGACUGCCCCAGCCCCACGUUGCAGAAGUUCUUUGCCAGAUAUCCCGAGGCGCGCACGCAGAUCUUGGCCUCUGAGGACAUCGUCUACUUCCUGAGCUUGUGCCAGCGCCCCGGCCAGAAGCCGGUCCCGUUCAUCCCCGUGCUGGAUGCGGACUUUGGAAUCUGGUUCAAGAAGGAAUCGUUGUGGCAGGCGGAAGACAUCGACGCGGUGUUUGACCAAGACCUGCAACGGGUGGCGAUCCUGCAAGGCCCGGUGGCCGUCCGGCACUUCCGCACGACCGAGGCCACGGCGGGGGCGAUCCUGCGCGGGAUCGAGGCGGGGCUGGUUUCGCGCCUGCUUGCGGAGGAGUAUGGGGGCAACGAGGGGCGCGUGCCGCGGAAGGACUUCCUGUGUCCCCACGUGGACGGCGCGACAAACGCGCACAUCCUGCAGACGGCGACGGGCAAGAUCGCAUGCCAGGUGCGGGCGCACGCGACGCCGGGCCACACGGAGCACAUCUACGACAUCGUCGGCGGGCUCCCGCCGAUGGCCUGUCUUGGACAUCAAGUUCAUUGUAAUAACGUCAGGAUUGGUGCUGCGACCAGUAGCAUCAUGAAUGCUGAAUUAGCUGUUGCUCAAAACGUUGUGUGA